CCUGCCGCGGAGGGCCGCGCGGCAGUGUCCCGUCGACAGCGGUCCGCGCCGCCGCCGCCAUGGCGCUCCGGCUCAACAAGCCGCGCGAUGUGGAGAAGGCCUCGUACUACGUCUGGUUCCUGGGCGCCCUGGAGAGCCGCGGCCUGCGCGGUCGCGAGUUCAUCGCGCCCGUAGUCGACGAACUUCUGCGCAAGGAGCAGCACGUCGAGCCCACCAAGGUAACUCUGCAGGUGAGCGACAAGGGCCUGAAGAUCGUGCAGCACGUGCCCAAGAAGGGCGGCAAGGGGCGCACGGAGCCCGUGAAGCACUUCAUUCCGGACCACGCCAUCACGUGCGCGCUGCAGGAGCCGGCGCCGGACCAGGACAUCGUCAGCUGUAUCCUGCUCAUCUUCAACCCGGUCACCAAGUGUCCGGUGCACGUCCACACGUACCGCUGCGACUCUCCAGAGACGGCCGCCCUGCUGGCCAGUCAGCUGCAGACCCUCGCCGGCCGGCCCGACAACCGGGCGCACAUCGAGCAGAUCGAGGCUCGUCUCCAAGAGCGCGGCCUGCUGGCGGGCCCGGCGCCGCCGGAGCCGCCGCCGCCGGAGCCGGAGCCGGGCCGCGCCGAGUCGGCGCCGUCGAGCGGCGGCUCGGGCUCGGCAUCGGGCGCGCCGCCGGUGGCCACCCUGUUCGACUCGCUGGCCGCCGAGCUGCGCACCAAGAUCGGCAGCCGCGACACGGGCCCGCUGCUGCUGCCGCCGCGCGACUACGACCUCGACCAGACGGCCGGCCGCACCGGGCACAAGCACGCCGUCCAGGAGGACUCGAGCGGCAUCGGCUCCGACGACGCGCCCAGCCCCGACCACCGCGACCGCGACCGCGAGAGGACCUCGUCAGAUGAUGAGUGGGAAGCGGCCGCCCACAGCACAGACGAACUGCUGCUAGAUUCCUCCUCCCACUGGCGACAGGGGUCCGGAUGGCGCGGUGGCCGGCGCUCGGCCGGCGGACAGAGUCCCGACACGGACGAACUGCUCACAUCUGGACACUCAUCCUCCCGAAAACCGCCCAGCCAGCGCCAGAGAUCGCCCUCGACGUCGCCACAAGACAGGUUCAACAAUGCUCGGCUCAAGUUUGUGCAGAUGGAGCAGAAAGAGGUCACCCCGCCGCCGGCCGUGGCGCCGAAAAAGCCCACCUCUCCCGGCAUCGGUGUUCCGGAGCACGGCGGCGGCCGCAUCUGGCGUCAGAACAGCGUGCCAGACGCCGGCGGCAGAGCCGAUCCUCCGCCUGCCUCCCGCGACCCGCGCGCAGAGAAGGGAUGGCGUAUGCCGCAGCCGGACAGGGACGAACCCAGAGACCCCAGAAACGUGCGCAACAACCUGAACAUCAGCCACGAGUCGAGGGACGGCGGCCUGGGAGAGCCGGAGAAGGGCUGGCGCCGGCCGCGCGCCUCCCGGGCGGACAGCGCCGGCCCGGAGCCGCCGGCGCCGCUCCCGCCCGUUCCGGCCGCCGACCCGACUGAGGAGGAUCUGAGGAGGGACGCCCGCGGACGGCCGCACGUGGCCGACAUCUUCAGACGCGCAGCACCUGACGAGCUCGACCGGCCGCGCCGCGAGCCCGUCGGCCGCCCCGAGCCUCGGCCCGAGUACCGUCCGGAGGUGCGCGCCGACCACCGACGUCACGAGGACCGCGGCGAGGAGCGCGUGCGCGGCGCCGUGCGCACCGGCCGGCACGUCGAGCCACCCCCGCCGGCCGCCGACAGCGCUCCGUUCCCCGCCGACAGUGACCCGCGCCCGGACGAGGUGCGCGCCCGCGUCGACCGCUGGGUGCGCAGCGCCGCGGAGGCCACGCCCUUCACACGCGCUAUGAGCUUCGAGGACCCGGCGGCGGCGCCGGUGCGUGUCAGCCGCGCUCCCGACUGGUCAGAGUUCGAGCCGGAGCCGGUGCAGGAGCCGCCGCCGCCGCGCCGACAGCCGGCAGUGCGCCGUCCCUCGGAGGCCAGCGACGCGCCGCGGCCCGGCCGACUGGCCAAGUCGCGCUCCAGCGACACGGGCCUGGAGUCGGAGCAGGCCCAGUGGCGGCGCACCUCAGCCCAGGUGGCGGCCGAGCUGCGGCAGCGGGGCCGCGCGCCGGCCGAGCAGCCCAGCUCCCCACCACCGGCCGGCCGGCACCGCUCCGGCGGCGGCCAGCCUGCCGAGCGGCGCAGUCGCUACCAGGAGCUGCAGGGCGCCAGCCGGCUGCCCGGCCUGGACCGAGACACUGCCCGGGACCCGCUGCUGCCGCCCGCCGAGCCCGCCGGCCGACAUCGGCCCACGCUCGAGAUCGACUACCGCCAGAACCUGCCGCGCCGCCGCGACCGCAGCUGUGACGUGCGCGAGCGGCGGCCGGCGCCGGCGCGCGAGCAGCGCCGAGACGAGUCCCGGCCGCGCGGCCGCUACCAGGACGACCCGCGCCUCUACAGGGACGACGAGCCUCGUCACCAGCGCGCCGAGGAGGCGCCGCCCGCCGCGCACGGCUACGGCGACAGGAGAGGCUACCCGAAACCGGGCUUCGAAGUGCGCGGCCGCGUCCGACACAGCAUGAGCGACCCGCACGCCAUGACACAAUACGACUACAGGGCUGGGGUGGUGGCCCAUCCCUACUAGCCCGCCAUCUAGCGACGCGAAUGAACACUUGAGCCAUAGCUGGUGGCCGGGGGAGGUCCAAUUCCUAUGGCAAUAGCGUUGUACCGACUGAUUGGUGUGAUACGGAAAACAGCAAAUGUUUUCAGUCAUACUGUGCGCGAAAUACCGUGAAUGUGAUAUACUAACAGUGUUAGUGAUGAGAGUCAAAUAGUAUGUUGCUAUGUCUAUUCUAGGUGCGAGACGCUCAAAACGAGAGUAGUUUGUCGCGUAGUGCAAUGUCGGAACAUCGUCACGGUAUUUGUGGAGUGCAGGUUUGAAUAAAUAAACUGACAUUCAAGA